UAAAUCUGGCAUAUAAACAGUCCCUUUAUUUUAAGUUUUACCACACCUGGGUAGAAUGUGUCCCGUGCAGACAGCUGUCGUGGCACUGCUAUUACUGGCGGUUCAUGGUAUUGCAGGCCAGGACCCAUACGAACAGAAUCAGAAAGUUAUCGGAAAAAAAGAAGCCAGACUUGUCCUGGAUGAAUUGAGAAAUAGACAUGAAUCACACGUGUUGAAGAGGUCAGCGUAUUCUGAAACAGAACUAGAUGAUAUUGAUUUUGAUUUGAUUGCCCGUGCACUUAAACAAUUCGAAGACACACGGCGCAGCUCUGAAACCUCAGCACCCAAUCAACAUGAAACAAAGGGCGGGGAAAAACUCAUCCAGCAAGCACUGAAGGGUAAUGUUGAUCCCGACUCUGACGUGGUCAAUCUGUUAGAGAGCAUGUAUGUGGACGAAGGUUUCAGACACAACCAGCACCCAGAUGGUAUCAAUAAAGUCGCUUCGAAGAAAGGAAAGGUAUUUGGCGACACCCAUGACGGUCAUCGCUUGACCCAGCAGCAGAUUGAGGAGCUGAAUCAGAAUGAUGGAGAAAAGAGAAAUUUUCGGAAGUCGGCCUCUCUUUGGAAGGACAAAAUCAUUCCAUACUCCAUCGACAGCAGUCUAUCUAACGACCCGAAAAAUAUAGACGUCAUUGAUAAGGCCAUCAAGCAGUUUUCCGACUACACCUGUUUGAGCUGGGUUCCUAGGGGCUCGACUGAGGCCGCGCGAGCUUCUUAUUCCUCCUACAUUGAGUUCUUCUCCGGCAGUGGAUGCUGGUCCUAUGUUGGCAGAGUGUUCCCCGGAAAACAACCAAUUAGUUUACAGAACCCGGGCUGUGUAUCGGUGUCAACAACCAUCCAUGAAAUGGCGCAUGCAAUCGGCCAACUGCAUGAACAAUCCAGGAGUGACCGAGAUAACUACGUCACCAUGCUUUGGAGCAACAUCCAGGGAGGAAAAACUAACAACAACAUGGCGAAAUCCAACACCUAUGACUAUAAUCCUUACGACUAUGAGUCCGUGCUCCAGUAUAGUUUGAGAUCAUUUAGCACAAACGGACAACCUACUAUGGAGUUUAAGGACCGGCGCCUGGACUUUCUGGCUGACGCUGCCACUGGGCUCAUGUUUUACGACAUACAGGACAUUGUCGACGCCUACAACUGUACAGCACCCUGCCGGGGCGCGGAUGGAAACACCCCCCUGAAGCAGUGUCAGAACGGGGGCUUUGUACUCCACACCUGUAAUUGUCACUGCCCUGAUGGACUCACGGGGGAUCUGUGUCAAUCCGUCGCAACUGAUCCAGAAUGUGGCCCGGGAAUAAUAGAUUUAGCCGACGGAGAAUCCAGGACUAUAACGUCACCAAACUUCGACAAUGGUGGUCCCUACCCAACCGGCAAAAAGUGUGUCUGGCUGGUGAAGGCUAGUGCAGGGAAAAAUGUUGAAAUGACCAUAAAAGAGAUGGACCUUACUGCCGCCAAUUCAGCCUGCGAUCAUUGGCUAGAGAUACAGUACAAUCUGAUUGGUCAAACUGGACCUAGACGAUGUGGAAAAUUGACCAAAGAGACCUAUGUAACAUCUGACAAUGUAAAUCCCAACUUAAUGUUGCUGAAGUUUGACAGUGCGUUCGCGUCUACGGCCACGGCGGGAAAAGGCUUCAACCUGACCGUGUCGUCUGUGGGUGGAGGUUGUAAAGGAAUACCAUGUGUACAUGGAAAAUGCACGGAUGUUGGCAGCAAUGGUUUCACGUGCUCCUGUGAGAGCGGUUAUUCCGGAAAAUACUGCGACACAUAUGUCGAUACUGGUGAUAUUUUUUGUGGGUUUGAAGGAACGAACUGUAUCUUGACGAACCCCCAGCGCAAUAGUUAUGACUGGAUAAUAACAGCGGGUUCAACACCUUCCUCUGGGACUGGUCCUUCUGGUGCCAAAACCGGAAGUCAUUAUUUGUAUGUUGAGACGUCAUCUCCGGUACCAGUCGGAACUAAAUUUCAGUUUGAAUCGCCCCUUAUAUCAGCUGGUCCUAAAUGCUUGAGGUUCUGGUACCACAUGUAUGGCAGCACUAUGGGAACCCUCAGCGUGUUGCGUAACGGAACUCAACUCUGGACCAAAGCAGGAGACCAAGGCAAUGCCUGGCACAGGGGUGAAAUUGAUGUCGGAACAAUAGCAAAGAUUUACAAGGUCACAUUUGAAGCGAUAAAAGGCAGUGAAUACCUAAGCGACAUAGCAAUCGAUGAUGUCACAUUAACGUCAUCGACGUGUAAUGGCCAGACAUCAUCACCGACAGUGCGCCCCCCGACUACAGGUGCUCCAGUAACUAAGGCCCCAACAACGGUUGCUCCAGUAACAAAGGCCCCAACAACGGUUGCUCCGGUAACAAAGGCCCCAACAACGGUUGCUCCGGUAACAAAGGCUCCGGUAACAAAGGCCCCAACAACGGUUGCUCCAAUAACAAAAGCUCCAACAACGGUUGCCCCAGUAACAUAUACCCCGGCAACUGUUUCUCCGGUAACAAAGACCCCAGCCACUAUUUUUCCGGUAACACCGAUUCCAACAACACAAACACCAAUUACUGGAUCUCCAGAACCUCCACUUAUUGACCAAGAACUGCAUUGUUCAUUUGAAACUGGUACAGCUUGCUUCCUCAGUGAUAUACAAGAGGAUGAUUUUGAUUGGCAGAUACGAAAAGGUUCAACACCUUCUAGCAGAACAGGCCCUACCUCAGCUUACGAGGGACAAAAAUAUUCGUACAUUGAAGCCUCGGGGAAGAAAGUGAAUUCUGUAGCAAUUCUUCAGGGCCCAAGUAUCAAGACAACUCAAACAUUCUGCCUGACCUUUGCUUACCAUAUGUAUGGCUUGAACAUCGGCUCACUUUCGGUCAGUAUGGCAUCUUCUAAUGGCGACCAGAGUUUAUUCAGUAAUAGUGGUGAUGCAGGAAACCUGUGGAUCGUCACAAGUAUUUCUGUUCCACCUUCAAACGGAAAGAUUCAGUUUGUCGGUGUCCGAGGAGGUGGAUUCCGAGGCGAUAUUGCUAUUGAUGAUGUCCAUUUUAUGGCUGGCGAUUGCAGCACGGACAUUGACUGCAGGAGUAAUCCCUGUGGUCCAAAUUCCGUCUGUGUCCAAGAAUCUUCUACCACUUACCGUUGUGACUGCCACCCAGGUUUUGGGGGAUUGUUAUGUGAUGUUGUUACGGGUGAAGGCAACUGCACGUUUGAAAGGAACGAAGAUUGUUUUCUAGAAAACAGUAAACUUGACGAUUUUGAUUGGACCAUCAAAUCUGGAAAAACACCGAGUUCGAACACUGGUCCAAAAUCUGCCGUGCAGGGUUCCAGAUAUGCUUACAUUGAAACCUCUGGCAGAUCCCAAGGACAAAAAGCAUCGCUUGUCUCCAAGGAUAUGUUUGAAAAUGGAGAUCGUUGCCUUACGUUCAAAUAUCAUAUGUAUGGACAGACAAUUGAUAGUUUGAGAGUGUUACAAGAGACAGAUACAAAUACAAUUGAGUUAUUUUCUAAAUAUGGCCAACAAAGUAAUUCUGACACCAAUUGGAAAACAGCCUCAAUUGAUAUAUAUCACAACACGAAUGAUUUAGUUGUUUUUGAGGCUACUAGAGGAAAAUCGUUUACGGGAGACAUAGCUUUAGACGAUAUCAGGUAUCUGCCAGGACGAUGUGUGGGUCUUUUGGCAUCUUGUACUUUUGAUGAUGGCUCGUGUUUUUUGACUGAUAUUACUGGGCUAGAUAGCAUGGACUGGAAGAUAACAAAAAAGCGCACUCCAAGCUCACGUACAGGUCCCAAUAAACCCCUUGACGGGAACUACGCCUACAUAGAGGCCACGGGACGUACGUCCGGAGACAACUCUAUCCUCAGCUCCGCCGUAACGUCACAACUUUCACCUAGCGCAGGUCCGACAUGUCUUCGAUUUGUUUACAAUAUGAAUGGACGUAACAUAGGGACACUAAAAGUCCUAGCCGGUGAACGUAAUUCAGAACAAGAAAUCUGGACCCUUUCUGGAAAUCAAAAUGAUAAAUGGACUCCCGUGUCCAUCGAUAUUCCUGCAUUCAACGAUCUUGUGAUAAAGUUUGAGGCAAUUCGUGGCAAUGGAUAUCGGAGUGACAUCGCUAUCGACUCUAUUCAGCUAUUUGACUCGCCUUGCACAGAUAUUUCUUUACCUGUCUAAAGUGGUACAUCAAUUGAUUACUAGUUCCGAUCAACUAUACUUGAUGUUUCAUGAACUUCAAAAUCGAAAUGCCUUUUAAAAAUACAAUUAUAUGUUAUAUUAGGAUAAAUGCUUGUCUAUAUUUUUAAUUCAAUUUGAAUGAAAUUGAAAGAUUACGUGACUUUUAUACUUGUUAUAUUCUUUUAUGAUAAAUCAUUCAAAGCAGCCA